AUGUGCACCUUCAUCGUGGUCCUUACUUCCAUCGUCUUCCUCAUGGUCACCUCCAAUGGCCAAGCACAAGCUCCCAUUGGCUGCAUCCCGCGCGAGAGGGACGCGCUGCUAGAGUUCAAGAACAGCAUUACGGAUGACCCGAUGGGCCAGCUCAAGUUUUGGCGGCGAGGCGACGACUGUUGCCAGUGGCGAGGCAUCCGGUGCAGCAACAGGACCGGCCAUGUCAUCAAGCUUCAACUUUGGAAGCCCAAGUUUGAUGAUGAUGGCAUGAGCCUCGUCGGAAACGGUAUGGUAGGACUGAUAAGUCCCUCUCUGCUUUCUUUGGAGCAUCUGCAACAUCUUGAUCUCAGCUGGAACAACCUAAGUGGUUCAGAUGGCCACAUUCCAGGGUUCAUAGGAUCUUUUAGGAACUUGAGAUAUCUGAACCUCUCUGGCAUGCCGUUCAUCGGCGUGGUGCCGCCUCAGCUUGGUAACCUCUCAAAGCUGCAAUUUCUUGACCUCUCAUCUUGCAUAGGGCUAGAAAUGCAGUCAAGAUCAGCUUCCUUCCUUAAGGGUUCUUAA